CAUAAAAAUAAAUUGAAGGUGUGUUUGUGCUGCGACUGAAAGAGGUUAUGGCGCGAGGCUUAAUCCUGUCAUCACCAGCAACACUCCUCACUGCAAAUUCUCUGUUUCCUUCAUCAAAAUCUUUCAAUCUUUCACCGUUUUCCUACCUUCUGCACCAUCGCUACACUCCCAAAUCUUCCUCAGUUUCAUCAUCAUCUGUGUGUUCUUCCACUUCCCAACAAUGCUCAAUCGACAUCUCCAAAUACAGACAACCAUUUUCCAACCGAAUGGACAUGGCUGGAAUCAAACCCCAUCACCGAAUUGCUUUGGGUGUCUCUGGUGGCCCUGACAGUAUAGCACUCUGUGUGUUAACUGCUGGAUGGAAAACUGCUGGUGUUAAUUCUGUUGGCACUGAUCAUAGUGGUUUCAUUGACGGUCUGUUGGCGAUAAUUGUUGAUCAUGGACUACGUGCGGAGAGCAAAGACGAGGCUAAUGUUGUUCGUAACCGUGUUUCUGAAAUGGGAAUCAGAUGUGAGAUUGCCAGUUGUGAUUGGCCAAGCGGCAAACCAAAACAGGGUCAGUUGCAAGAAGCUGCUCGAGAAAUGAGGUACCAAGUAUUUCAUGAUGUGUGUGCCAAACACCAGAUUGGAGUGUUGCUUCUUGCACAUCAUGCUGAUGACCAGGCCGAGUUAUUUAUUUUAAGGCUUUCUCGAAAUAGUGGUGUGCUUGGACUUGCAGGCACACCUUUCACCUCCCAGAUUUUCCCUAUGCAUACGCAUUCGUACGGUGAAGUUCCGGCAAAUCAAGGCAUCCUUCUUGUGCGUCCGCUUCUGGAAUUUUCAAAGAAAGAUAUGUACCAGAUAUGUCAAGGUGGUACUGAAGAGUGGGUAGAAGACCCAACAAAUCAAAGCAUGUUGUUCACCCGCAAUAGAAUACGAAUGGCACUGAAUCACUUGUCAUCUUUAGCAUUCAAGCAUGAACUCCAAGGAGUGAUUUCUGCAUGUCGAAAAACACGCGCGUAUGUCGAUCAAGUUUGCCAUAGCUUGAUACAUCAUGCUGUGGUUAUCAAUGAUCAUGGAUAUGCCACUAUUGAUUUACAGAUUCUUUGUCCUUUAAAAAUUGAGGACAUAUGCUUGAUGAAAUUUCUUUCCUUGGUCUUGCAGUUUAUAUCCCAAAGACAGAGGCAAAUAAGAGGUAGUGCUUUGAAAUUGCUAAUGGACUACAUACGUACUUUUCCAUGCAAGAAGUCGAUUACCGCCGCUGGUUGUUACCUUUGUCCGGAUCCUGGUUCUAGAGGGUCCAGAGUCCUGGUUUGCUGUUCUUUUGACUUUGCUUUGCCUUUAAAGAUGGAAUUUUUCGAGAUGCACUCUUUCGGACAACAAGAGUUUCGUGUUAUCAAUGAGUUGGGGAAGAUUAUAGAGGAUGGAAAAUCAUAUGCAAAUCACUUGGUUCUAGAUUCAUCAGAUAUCCACUUUUUGGAUGCGAAUCAUGAAUCAGUUCUGGAUGAAGCUAAAAGGCUAAACAUAAUCAGUGAAUCAACCUACAGCAGCAUUCGAGGACUCCAGAAACAGGAAACUGAUCGCUUCAGGUCUAAAGUUGGAGCCGUUUCUGACUUUACAUCAAAGCACGAAGUUGAAGUUGUUACCCCUUUUGGCAAAUCACUUCAGCCGGGGAAGUCCUGUUACUUCAUGGAUCGAUUCAUUCUAAUUUGGAAGUUGAAUGAUAAAAUGGAUACCGACGUGGUUUCUGGUUUAGUUGAUUUUGACAUGGAUUUUAGCGGAGAUUCACAAAACUUUUGUUGCUCGUCUUGUGUAAUUGGUCAUGAUCAAGUUCUUGAAGUGCGGCACAUGAUUGAAUCCGAUUGGCUGUAUCUUGCUGAGUUAUCCAAGUAUUCUUUAUCGAACAAUUUCACAGAAUAUGAGGUUAUGUCAGCUAAUGGAAACGUGAAGACGAUGGAGAAAACAGCUCCGUAUUUGCACUAUGCCAGUUUAUCAGCAAAAAAGGCUCUAGUUUUGUUAAAAUCUAUCCCAGUUGCUGCAAGGAAAAGCUUACCUGUUCUGAUCAAUCAAGACGGAAAAUUAAUAAGCAUUCCAAGUGUCAAUUUCAGGCAAUGCUCUUGUUUGUCGGUGCAUGUAGAAUUUAGGCCAAAAGUUCCACUUGGGGGAGGUCACAGGUCAUUCAUUUAGAAAAAUAGAGACAUAACACUAAAUAUCAUGAUUACAAGGAUAUUCUGGUGGUUUGAAGUGAGAGAAAUUAUUGAAACCAUCUUUGACACCACACAUUUCAAGUCAACCGAAAAGGGCACAUCGAAAUGGAAGAAUGUUGUAGCACAGGCCACCAGUGUCGACAAAUUGCCUGUUGCGCUCUCUGAUAGCGAUUACUGACAGAGUGGUAAAAGGGGAGAUGGAGAUUUCUUAAGUGAUCAUCAUGGAAGAUGCUUAACAAAUUCUGCAAGGAAUUUGAGUUGGUUUUUGUUCUAUGUUCUUCAUAUAUUUAAGCUCUUAGAGAUAGAGGUGGAUGCUCAAGUUGUGGCAAAUGUCUUCAACCACCCAUAAAGUUCUCUACUUCUAAUCUUAUUAUGGAGUCAAUAACUUCUUAUAGCAUCAGAGUUGAUUUGUUUUAUCCAUAUACUGAUGUUUUACACCGUGGGGUCUGUUUUACCUUUCCCGUCUCCAAACCUGGCUCCCUAAUAUAAUACCCCUGAUCCACAAUGGGGAUUAAUAAUUGAAUAUGGAACUCGUUUUUAACGAGUUUGGAUAUUUUAGUUCCGCCCCCAAA